CCAGUCUCUCGCUGCGCUCGGAGAGGCACAUUGGCAGCAGGUACCCGUCGUGCCCCAGCCCCGAAGAGAGCUCCCCACCGAUUCCCCGCCAUGCAGCGAGCCACCAUGCUCCUGCUCUGCCUGGCUCUCCUGGCCCACCAGGAGGCAGACGGGGAUGCCCGGCUACCCCAGGACUUUCCCCUGAAACACUCGUACCAGCCGCAUGAGAAACAACUGCUGGAGGAGCUGCAGGACGUGCUGGACAAACUGCAGAGCAAGAGGAUUUCCACCUGGGAGAAGAAAUAUAACCAAGUCCCCAAGUGCUCCAUCGGCCAGGCCUGCGCCGUGAAGAAGGGCGCCCGCAUCGGCAGGCUGUGUGACUGCCCCCGUGGAGCCACCUGCAACUCCUUCCUCCUCAGGUGCCUGUAGCCGCUGCCUGCGAGGGACCCCAGCCGCAGAUCUUCCUCUCGUGCUGCUGUGUGUUGUGAUUCCCCCUGGCAGGGGGCCAGGGCUGGCUGGCAGCGGCCACAGUGCUCAGCAGAGCCCAGAGGAAGGCGGUGGCAAGGCUGGCUGCUCCAGGAGGCUGCCGCAGGGCUGGGGUCUCCGGCUCCUCUGACCACCCACUUCCCAGGGGCGCUGCUCAGCCGAGAUGGUGAAACCAGGGCCACAGGCUUUGUCUCGCUUUCACUUGCUGCCUGCAGCCCCCUACCGCACCUUGCCGCCCUGCCCAGCGCCCCGCCGCUCGCCCCGUUAGCCAGACGCCUCCACCUUACAGCCAAACCAGACCACUGCUUUGAAAGGUUUUUUUUUUAAUGACAUUCUUGGUUCCGUUCGGUUCUGUAAAAGCCUUUUAAAAAAAUAAACCCCGACUGUUCGAGCUGAGCCAAGCGCGGCCACCUGCAGCCUCUUGCUAGUGGGCAGGUGACACCUCCCCAGCGAUCCGCGACCUCAGCGUGACUAGAUUUGAGGGAGAGCA